AUGGAGCUACCAAACACCGUAGGAUGGAUCGGCUUGGGUGUAAUGGGCCUCCCAAUGGCUCGCAACCUCCUCAAGAAGACUAAACAAGAUACGAAACUAUACGUCUUCGAUGUGGUCGACGACGCAGUAAAACAACUAGUAUCAGAAAGCAACGGCCGAGUCGAAGCAUGCGCAAACUCGAAAGACGUUGCAGAUAAGUCCACUGUGAUACUCUCCAUGGUCCCAGAAGGUAGCCACGUCCGCUCCGUCUACCUCACCCCAGACGCGGGCGUCCUGGCCAGCGACCUAGGCUCCAAGAUCCUAAUCGACUGCUCGACAAUCGACACUGGCACCUCCCUCGCCGUGCGCGACGCUUGCUCUGAGAAACACCCUAAAGCCACCUUCUACGAUGCACCAGUAUCCGGAGGCGUUAUUGGCGCUGAAAAGGCCACACUAACAUUCAUGGUCGGCUGCAAGAACGACGACCCCAAUGUCCAGCUCCUCUUAAACCUACUCGGGUUAAUGGGCGGCAACAUCUUCCCCUGCGGCGGAGCUAGUCUAGGCCUGACGGCAAAGCUCUGCAACAACUACUGCUCCGGCUCCAUCGCCAUCGCCACGAGCGAAGCCCUCAACAUCGGCAUCCGCAGCGGCAUGGACCCCCGCGUGCUAGCAAACAUCUUCCACACCUCGACCGCGCAGUCCGCGAUCCUGGACGACUGGAACCCGGUCCCUGGUCUCUGUCCGGAGGCUCCGGCGUCGAAGGGUUACAAGGGCGGGUUUAGGGUGCAGUUGAUGAAGAAGGAUUAUGCGCUCGCGGUGGAUACGGCGAAGAGGGUCGGGGCGGAGUUGGCGCUGGGAGGGGCGGGGUUGAAGGUUUAUGAAGAUGCUAGUGUGGAUGAGCGGUGUAGGGAUUUGGACUCGAGGGUGGUGUAUAGGUUGCUUGGCGGGAGGGAGGAUUGGAGGGAAGAUUUCCCGGAGGAGGUGGAGAUGAAGCGGGAUGCGACGAGGAGGGCGCUUCAGGCUGGGAGGGAGCAGUUGAAGAGGGGGGGGCAGUAG